AAAAAUGUCAACAAAACUUACCGAUAAUUUUGUCAAUCGUAAGACAAGUAUCGGUGCUCUCAGUGUUAGUAGUCUUAGGGGACAAAUAGCUGUCAUCACUGCAGCCGAUGAUAGUCACCAUCGACUAAAACAACACCAACACAACAAUGGAAAAGUCAUACACAAUGAUGAUGAGGAUCAGGUGAUGGUGACGGCGGCUAACGAUAUAUUAUUACCACCAUUACCGCCAUCGCCAGUGGACACCACUACUAGCAGUUCCAUGAGUAGUCCACCCGAUUAUUUUGAUUGCAAUCGUAUUGUCAUCGAAAGCUCCCGCCGUAACCGAGACCGUCAUCUGAUGGACAAUCAAGUAGUAGAAGUAGAGUCGUUGUCGUCGGGACUCAAACAACAGCGACUACGGCUGGGACGGGAGCGGGAGCUUCGGCAACGGCUGCCGCCGCCGCAGCCGAUAAAACCCGUUAGACUACAUCACUCCGAUUCGGUGGACGGUAUGGUUGCCGUAUUGAGUGCACUGUAUUGUAAAAUACUUGUUGUUAUAGGUGUUUGUCUACCGAUGGCUGAAGUAAUCUCCCAUCGGAUCCCAAUCGGCUAUUACGAGGGUUUCUAUCUUUAUCUAUACAUGGGAUCCAUACUGUUCCUCGUGUUUGUCUACCUGUUCCUAUUGCAUCGUAAACAACCUAAACAUAAGAAACCAAUGAGUUGGUGGUUAUGGCGCAAAUUGCAGCAACUGUUUUGGCGCUGUCGUUGUCUGGUUUGGCCAGAAAAUAAACGCCGGCGCCAACAGCAGCAUCAGCCGUUUACCGCUUGGUCAGAGUGCGGCGCCGAUACGGAAAUGAUGGCCGGCGGCGGCGGUAGUGUCCACAAGAGUUCACUGGCAGCGUCGGCUACCGAUGAUGUCGAUAUCGAUGUCGAUAGUGAUGCUGACGAUGAUGAUGAAGAAUCUGGCCAACAGGUCCAGUGCGGGUCGUUUUAUUUGCGUGUCGGUGCCGUAGCUUUCGGUAUCGGUUCGAUGAUCUAUUCGGGCCUUGAAUUUGCCCAGUUUUUUGAACUGGAAAGCAAAGAGCAUUGCUAUAAUUUUCUGUACGGUUUCACCCCCGGCUGUCACGUGGCCUUUACGUUCAUACAAUUGUAUUUUAUUUUUAUGAAUUCCCGGGUUUAUAUCAAACGUCAUAAACUAAUUGCCAGGUUCGGCCUAAUGCAUAUGAUUGCCACCAAUAUAUGCGUUUGGCUACAUGUGCUCAUCCAGGAAACCAAACACCAAAUCAUGGUUAUUGUCAAUCCGAAUACCACUCACGGUGUCGGCGGUCUGGGACCCGAUUUUUCCAUAGCCUGGGAACACGUUGACGAUGUUGUCGAAGAAAUAUCCGAAGACUAUCUGGAAUCAAUUGGACCGUCCGGUCCACUACAUCAUCACCAACACCAACAACAACAACAACAGCAGCUUAUGUCCAACCAUCAGAUUGUCCGCAGAAGUCUGGCCGACCAUUCCAUACAUAUGACACACGGUGAGUGUCGCCGAUCAAAUGUUAUCGGCGAUCUGGUCAGGGAUGCCUCCCAGUUUCUGUUUCCCUGUACCAUCGAGUAUAGUCUAAUUUGUGCUGCAAUACUCUAUAUAAUGUGGAAAGGUGUUCACGAUAGGAAAUCAAAUACAAACCGUCCGCAUACCGUCACCAGUAGUGGUGGUGGUGGUGGUAGUAGUCAUCAUCAUUCACAUCAACAACAGGAUAGCCAUUCAAUGAGCACUACUAUUGUCCACACCAUUCAUCAUAGACAUCACUAUCAGGUUGACUGCGCUAAAGCACACAAAGGCCUGUUUACCGGAAUAUUCCUGUUAGUCAUUAGUAUAAUAUCGUUGAUAUUAUUUUUUGUAUUCAUCAAAAAACCGCAAUUCCGUCAUCUGGCUGUACUCCAGGCCCACAUUAUUGAACUAUUUAUCUAUUGUAUUAACGCCAUUGCCUGUCUAAUAGCCAUAUUUCAGGUACGACACAUGCCCUACAAUCGGCACCGUAAUGCCGAAUUGGACAACAUAUUGCUAAUUGUAGCCCAAAUUGGACUCUAUAUAUUUACAAUGUUUUCGGUAAUUGGGGCCCAAUUUUUUACGUUACAACAAAAUACCCGAUUGGUACUCAUCAAUGCAUCGGCUUGUCUAAUACAGGCCACUUUGCAAACCAUAUUCAUAUUGGACGCAUCGCACCGGUAUGCCGUUACCAAUGACCAGAUGCGCCGUAAGCCGGGCCGCGAAAUGGUUACCUUUUUGUUGGUCUGCAACUUUGCCAUGUGGUCUAUCAAUACACUAGAAACCCGACGGGCCGACUCCAAUCCCGUUCAAAUGCAUUUCUAUGGCUUCUGGGCCUGGACAAUCAUAACCCAUGUAACAAUGCCAUUGACUAUCUUCUAUCGGUUCCAUUCAACUGUAUGUCUGUGCGAUAUCUGGAAGCGAACCUAUAAAAUGAAAAAUGAAUUUCAUUUAUAA